GUCAUGUUCACUUGGUAGCGGUGUUUGGGCCGAGAAUUUUGGCAUCCGCAACACCAAUGGAGUCGCUGCUGGCUUGACUUUGGCGUUCUAUAACUAUUUGCUCAAUCUCGAUCUCGAAUUUCAGCUAAUAUGGGUAGGUCAAGAAGCUGGAGUAUGGGAGUAGUACUAUUGUUGAGAAGUCGAUACAGGGUAGAAAGUUCGCCUCGAUGACCUUCGUCUAUGUCUUGCUUCGCUACGUUGGUCUCCUAUACGCCGUGACGUUACUGGCUAGUAUUCGAUGCUCAAAGUAAGUCUCGCUAUACAAUGUGGCCUUAUUUUCAGAACCUCUACUCCACAUGCUCAAUCUGAAAAGUUCUGCUUCUGUCUUUCUUAUUCAACUGAUCAGCCAGAACCUUCUAGUCAUCUUACUGCAAGGGAUGCUAUCCCUGAGGGUGUGGAUCUUGUUCGGCAAAGACGAGAAGCUUCGUUACUUCCUCCUCUGCACGUACUUCUUGGCACAAGCAACGAACCUCAUCGCCAGCAUCUUCUACUGGGUGGUUAUUCCCCGUGAGUUCGCGGACGGACACGCGUAUAGCUUGGCCGGCUUGGAGUGGACUUCGCCGGCUGGAAGCUCAGCACUUUUAGCCUACGAGAUUCUUCUCAGCGUACUGGCGCUAUACUAUGCUCUCAAGCACCUCCCACGCGGUUUUUGGCGGGAUCCCGCUAAGUCUACGAGAAUGGUCGCAUCAGUCACUGUCCGCGACAAUCUCAUCUACUUUUUUGUUGCUCUCACCGAACUGAUUGGUAACAUUUUCUCAAACAGGGUCAUGCCCAUAGACACGGCUCUCGCAUACUGGGGUAUAGAACAUAUCCUGCAGGUCAUGUUUCUGACCAUGACUGGCCCGUGGAUGAUCCUCGACUUACGAAGACGAAACAAGAUCGACUUGGAUGGACGUACGUCCAGAGAUAUCGAGCUGAGUGACCUCAUGUUCCGAAGGGGGAUUAUACCGUCUACCGACACCGAGGAAACAGCUGUGUCAGACUGGGAUGUAAAUCGUGUUUAGUCUGCACGUCGAAUGAAUGGAAUCUAUAAUGUACGGGUUCACGAUUUACAUGAUGUAACGAUUGCUCGUCCAUAGCAAAACUCACUUAG